AGAGCGCUAGAUCUUAUGCGGAACGAGGGUUUCCUUCGUUUUCCGUGUGCUUAGAUUAGCCACGGCGACCUUACCACACUUCUCUUACUUAACGGCUCCUCAGGGAACACGCACCUGCGCACAAAUUUAGCCUUCCCCUCGUUAGCAGCAUAUUACGCUCCCAAAAUGUUUAUAUGCCUCAGGCGGGUAGCGCAUGUCAACCGUCUCGAGAUACUUGGACACGGAGUGGGUUUGUGUUUGUGGCGUGGCGCUCCUGAGCCAAGCAGGCAGAAGGCGUCUGGCAGUUGUUCCAGGCCUUGGUCGCACGAUAUAUAGAUCAGUGCCUCGUUUUCGUCUCUCUCAGCUUCUCGUCUUCUACAUUGUGCUUGUGCGUCCAAUAUUGAGUCUCUCGAUCUGCUCAGGCUACCGAACGCGCGCUUGCAGCUCCAAUAUUUGACUGCCUCCGAGAGUCUUUGACAAUCAUGGGCACAUUGGCAGCAAUUGAGUUGAAGUUGCCUGAUAAUAAAUAGAUUGAGGUCUGAUCCCGCGAAGGUAUUCAUGUACUUGAUGCCAGGAAGUUCGCAGGGAGCACACGACAGACUCAAGGAUGUGACAAUUCACCUCGUACAUGGAGACGAGAAACAACAACAAUGCACUAGUCGACUUUUUGGUUAAGUGUUUUGCUUAGCUGAAACACUCAGCAACUAGAAUAUUCACGGCCUGCUCAGCGAUUGCUAUCCGAGUAU